AUGGCAACAUCUAUGAUGACAACUCUCCCUCAAUUCACUGGUCUUAGACCACAAUUGAAACCUUCUCCUGUGCAGGGUUUGGUUGCUUCCCAAUCGAUGACAAAGCGCAGGGGAAAGGGUGCUUUGGGAGUUCGUUGUGACUAUAUUGGUUCAUCCACUAAUGUGAUUAUGGUGGCAUCUACAACCCUAAUGCUGUUUGCUGGAAGGUUUGGAUUGGCUCCGUCAGCAAACAGGAAAGCAACUGCUGGACUAAAGUUGGAGGCAAGGGACUCAGGCUUGCAGACCGGUGACCCAGCUGGGUUCACCCUUGCUGAUACUUUGGCAUGUGGAAGUGUUGGACACAUCAUUGGUGUUGGUGUUGUUCUUGGUCUUAAGAACAUUGGUGCAUUGUAA